CGAGGGGGUUCCCCGCGUGGGGGGGGGGAGGGGAAGCGCUCGGCAAAGCCAAAAUUUGAACCAAAUCUGCGACAACAAAAUGGCGGACGGCGCUGAGGACGUUCAGCGCAUGGCAGCCGUGGAAACCCCUUUUGGGGUCGUCGGAGUCGGAGCUGUGGGGUCCCAACGGGGGGGGAGGCCGGCGGUGCUUUGCUUCCCUGAUGUGGGCCAUACAGCCGAUUCGUGCUUCUCGGCUCUGUUCGCCCACGAGGAGAUGGCCGACAUCGCCAAGCAUUUCUUCCGCCUCCAAGUCGAGCCGCCGGGGAUGCAGCGCGGAGCAGCGCCGUUUCCGGAUGGGUACCAGUACCCAUCCCUGGAGCAGCUGGCCGAGACGAUCCCAUACGUCCUGCAGCACUUCAGCGUGAAGAGCAUCGUUGGGAUCGGAGUGGGAGCGGGAGCCUUCAUCCUGGCCAACUUUGCCACCCCCGAUGCCGUCGAGGGUUUGGUGCUCAUCAACAUCGACCCCAAAGCCAAGGGCUGGAUGGACUGGGCUGCACACAAGCUCUCCGGCCUGACCUCGUCCACCCCACAGCUGAUCCUGGGGCACCUCUUCACUCAGGAGGAGGUGGCGGCUGCUGCCCCCCCAGUGCUGGAGGUCCGGGAAUAUCUGGAGAGCGCCCGAAAUGUGGGGCUGUACUGGGCCAUGUACAACAGCCGCGGUGAUUUGGGCUUGGAGCGCAACGGUGCGGUGACAUUCAGGUGCCCGGUGCUGUUGGUGGUCGGCGACAAUUCCCCCCACGAGGACGCGGUGGUGGAGUGCAACGCCAAGCUGGACCCCACCCAGACCUCCUUCUUAAAGAUGGCGGACGGCGGCGGCCAACCGCAACUGCGCCAGCCGGCCAAGCUGACGGAAGCCUUCAAAUACUUUGUGCAGGGAAUGGGCUACAGUGAGUUUCGUCGUUAUGUUAACGAGGCAGGGUUAAUUAACUCCCUGGGUGGGCUGGGUCAUUAGCGUGAAGGGUCGUUAAUUAGGCUGCGGUGCUGUCGGCCGCUCGGAUCGUUAAUUAGGGUCCUAAUUAAGAGCUCCCCCCCAUGGGCUUGAGGCCCAUUCAAUUGAAUGGGGGGGGAUUAACAGGGUGAAGGGGAGGGGGCGUGGCCUGGGAAAAGGGCGUGGCUUGUGGCCGAGUGGGCGUGGCUUAACUCUCACUGAAGUGAAUGGGGGUGCAGGGCAGUGGGCGUGGCCUGCAGGAAAGGGAGGCGUGGCUUAAUGCGCUGUGGGCGUGGCUUAGCCCUCAUUGAAAUGAACGGGGGAAUGGAUGGGGAUUAUGAGAAGGAUUAUGGGAAGGGGGCGUGGCUUGGGUACAAGGGGGCGGGGGUCUGCAGGCAAGGAGGAGUGGCUUGAGGAUCAGUGGGCACUCAUUGGAAUGAAUGGGUGGAACGAAAGGGAUUGUGGG